AUGGGUCGCGGCGGCGGGAUGGGGAACCCGGUCAACGUGGGCAUCGCAGUGCAGGCAGACUGGGAGAACCGCGAGUUCAUCUCCAACAUAUCCCUCAACGUCCGACGCCUCUUCGACUUCCUCCUCAGAUUCGAAGCUACGACAAAGAGCAAGCUGGCAACUUUGAACGAGAAGCUUGACAUCCUAGAGCGGAAGCUGGAGGUGCUUGAAGUUCAAAACCUUCAGCUGCAGCUGCCCGUUCAGGAUCUGAGCCUGAGAGGGAGAUCUUUCAUCAGCAAGCCCACCAACAAGGUGAUGGUGAUGCACCACCAGUGCCCUGCAGCUGCAUCUUCGUCGUCUUCACCAGCUGCUAGAGGCCUUCAGGUUCCCCAUCCCAGCAGGACGCGUCCUCGUGCCCUCGUUGCGGUCAGAGCGACCGGCAGUAGUGACGAUGCAUCAUCAGGAGGUGAGUCGUCGUCAAGUGGUGGCGGGGAAGAAGAGGACGAUGAGGAGAAGCAAAACUACAGCAGCGACAAGGAGGGCAGCGGCGGUAGGUCGUCGUCGGGCGGCGGCGGCUUGUCCCGGGACGAUCUGGAGCGCCUGGUCGGAACUGACGACGAUGCCAAGUUCAAUGGGUUGGAUCUUGCAAACCUCAUCAGGAAGAAGUACGGCAGGUCGUACGAUGUAACUUUGAUAAAGAAGGAGUUCAUGGGAAGGAAUCUGCUGGCCAUGAAUGUGAUGUGGAAGUACAGGGAGCAAAGAUCGUUCCCGCUGAGCGAGGAGGAGUACCUGCUGCGUCUGGACGACGUGGCCAACACGCUCAAGUGCUGGGGAGCCGUGGCGCACGUGCGCAACACGCUGGAGAAGCUCAAGGAGAGGCCGCGCAUCGGCAAAGCCGUCAGCAUCUUCAUCGACAUGGACCAGACCGGAGGACGCUCCAACGAGUGGAUCUACAAGUAG